CGAAAUUAAAGUGUGCCAUGAAAGUCUACAUAGUUAUUAUAGUUUUUCUCAGUUGUUUUUUUACAAUAAUUAUUGCAAAAAACGAUGAAAAUUUUAUAAAAGAAGAUGAAGGUAUUUGGGGCCCUUUGUUGAUUGAAUGGGCUACUGCUAAAAGUUCAACUCAUAAUAAUCGGCAAAGUCGUGUAAUGUUGAUUCCCAUAUCCCCAAAUACGUUUGUAGCAGAUGAUAAAAUGAGCAAUAUAACGAUUCCAAUGGAGAGUAAAGUUAUACCAGGCAAAGUUAUAUCAACUACUCCAAAUAUCCCACCAAAACCUCUAAAAAUUGUAAAUAAUAAUAUAGGAACAAAUCUUCCACCGAAAGUUAAACCUCCAACGGGAGGUAGACAAAUUUCCGAAACUGAUCUUUACCUGCUAGGAGCAAUUGAAAAAUUGGUAUACAAAGUUGAUUUUAUGGAGAAGAGGUUAAGGAGGGUUGAAGAAAUGCUUUAUUAUAGUAUGGCUGGUAACCGGAUUGAUGCAGAACCUUGUCCCACAAACUUCACCAGAGUUGCUCAUGACUGUUACCAUUUCAAUAUUGCAACAGGGCGAGAACUCGAUUGGAAAGCGGCCAAUAAAUUCUGUAAAAAGAUUGGAGGAUUCUUGGCAGAAAUGGAAACUAUAGAAGAUAAUCAGGAUCUUGUAACAUUUAUACAGGCAACACAACAGUUAAGAGGGAGAGACUUCUGGGUUGGUGGUUUAAACCCAGGACUUCUCUGGAUAUGGAGUAACAGUGCACGACCAGUUGCCGCUCCUGGUUCACAAAAUAACAAAGAAAAUCCAUCAGCUGCCAUUCAAGGCGAAGGAAGAUGUUUAAGACUUGCUUAUAAUUCUGCGCUACGAUCUUACAAUUACAAAGGCACUGACUGCUCUAUAAGGUACAAUAUGAUCUGUCAAUCACCAGAAAAUACUUCCAGCAACGAAAUUAAAAGACUAGGAAGAAGCAAAAAUAUUUUGAGUGAUUAGUCGAAUUAGAAAUAUAUUGACAUGACUAAAGCAUAUUUAGCAGAGCUCUUUCCGUUAUUA